AUGCGCCUCCUGGAUGAACCAACGUCUCGGAUGUACAGCUCAUCUUCUCCGCUCAUCUCUCACUGCGUUUUCAUCAUCAAGAUAAGCGUCCAGACAACCGAGGAGCCUUUCCACCGUCUGGAGAGCAGUAACCGGGCUAGUUGUUGGAGGAACCCGUUCUUGCAGGUCGAAGAUGUUAUCACUUCUGCAUGCCUUCUUUACCCUCUCUUCUGCCUUGGAUCUUUACCCACCCUUUGUUCCUCUGUUUUCUGCCUUCUGCUCUCCUCCUCUCGCUCAACACAACUUUUCUCAUUUGUUUUGCUGUAUGACUGGCCUCCCACCUAA